AUUUUCUUUCAUUUCUGUUUUUCGAUUAGAAAAGAACAUCAGAAAAAUGUCAUCAGGCACCAAGAAACAUAUUUCCCUUCUUUUCGAACGUCCCCAGGAACCUGUUUUUGUAGCCAAGGGAGAUGGAAAGGUGGUAUUUGAUAUACCUAACAACUAUUUGGCUGACAGGUACAAGCCCAUUGGCGUCCAACUGGCAAGCAGGUUCGGUGAAGACGCUGGGGAGAGGGUGGCAGUGAAGCAGAUAUCAAUACCGAACCUGGGGGAUAUUUUGGACCUUCCACGUCACUCAAACUUUUCCCUGUUCGUCCCAAAGCAUAGACGACUUGCUGGAAAAUUGAUCAACAUCUUUUUAGGAGUUAGAUCUGUUGAUGACCUCUUGUCUGUUGCGGUGUACUGUAGGGAUCGGGUGAAUCCUUACCUCUUCAACUACUGUCUCUCAGUGGCACUACUGCAUAGACCGGACACUCAAGAUGUUGAUAUUCCUUCUUUCAUCCGCUCCUUCCCUGACAAAUUCGUUGACAGUCAGGUCUUCGUCAGAGCCCGUGAAGAAGCUGCCAUCGUACCAGAAGGAUCUAGGACUCCAAUAGAGAUCCCAAAGGAUUACACUGCUUCAAACCUGGAAGAAGAACAUAGACUCGCUUACUUCAGGGAAGACAUCGGUAUAAACCUUCAUCACUGGCAUUGGCAUCUGGUCUACCCAUUCGAGGCUGCCAGAGAAGUGGUCAAUAAAAACAGAAGAGGAGAAUUGUUUUACUACAUGCAUCAGCAAAUAAUUGCCAGGUACAAUUUCGAAAGGCUCUGCAAUAACUUGAAACGUGUUACGCGUUUUUCGGAUUGGAAGGCCCCUAUAACCGAGGCUUAUUUCCCAAAGAUGGACAGUUUGGUGGCGAGCAGAAGCUACCCUGCGAGAGUCGCUAAUCAAAUGAUUAGUGAUAUCAACAGAGAAACCGACCAGAUAAGGCAAGAUGUGGAUGAUCUGAUGAGGUGGAGGGACAGAAUUUUCGCUGCGAUUCACUCAGGCUAUGUGGAAGAUGAACGUGGUACUAGAAUACAGCUGACUGAGUUCGAAGGGAUCGACAUUCUUGGCAAUAUCAUUGAGUCUAGCAUUUUAUCUCCUAACAGGACCUUUUACGGAGAUCUGCAUAACAUGGGGCAUAUUUUCAUUUCUUAUAUCCAUGAUCCAGACCAUAGACAUCUGGAAACUUUUGGAGUUAUGGGAGAUUCAUCAACCGCUAUGAGGGAUCCCAUAUUCUACAGAUGGCAUGCGUAUAUUGACGAUAUAUUCCAAGAAUUCAAAUCUACUUUACCAAGAUACGAGAUUGGAGAUCUCGCUUUCGAUGGAGUAACCGUCACUGGUGUCAGUGUACAGUCCCAAGGUGGCCAACCGAAUACAAUGAACACAUUCUGGCAACAAUCUGACGUCGAUUUAUCCAGGGGUAUGGACUUUUCACCAAGGGGUCCUGUAUUCAUAAGGUUCACCCACCUCCAACAUCAACCUUUCACCUACACUAUCAACGUGGACAACAAGGGAGGAAACAGAAGGGGCACUUGCAGAAUUUUCAUGGCUCCGAAAUUCGACGAGAGGGGAAACCCCUGGAGAUACAGGGACCAGAGACUCAUGUUCAUCGAAUUGGAUAAGUUCCCUGUCAAUCUAAAACAAGGACAGAACACAAUAAACCGCUCUUCAACCCAAUCAACACUGACGAUACCUUUCGAGCGAACCUUCAGAGAUCUUGACAGCAGUCGUCCCCAAGGAGGGCCAGAGUUGGCUCAGUUCAACUUCUGCGGUUGUGGAUGGCCACAACACAUGCUUAUACCAAAAGGUGCACCCGAAGGAAUGUCAUGUCAGCUGUUCGUGAUGAUAUCGAAUUAUAGCAACGAUUCGAUCGAUCAAAACAUAGAUGGACCAUGCAACGACGCCUUCGUUUUCUGUGGAAUUAAGGAUAAAUUAUAUCCGGAUAGAAGAUCAAUGGGAUAUCCUUUCGACAGAGAACCAAGGAGUGGUGUUAACACACUACAGCAAUUUUUGACUGCCAACAUGAGAGUGCAGGAUGUGACCAUACAAUUUUCGAACAGAACUCUCAGACCUCGAAGUAAUAUGGCUAACUGAACCACCCAGAGGAUCAAACUUCUAUAAAAACGGGACGGAAAGGAAAAUUGGAUAAAUGAAUUAUUUUUCUUUGAAUAAACAUUAAUUGCAAAACUCAGGCUUCGCUACAUGAUCUGCUUCUUUUGAAUAAAUUAUACUUCAUCAUA